CAUUGCUACCUAAUACCUUUGUGUAUCACCUCUCAACUUUUGAGUUGAUUAUUAAUUGGUUGCUGCAUCUAAAAGUUAGUUUUUCUAACCUGCCUUCUCAUAUCUAAACAUUUAAAAUCUAUCAAAUAAAAAACACAUUACAGUGCAUAGUGAUGGCUAAAAACGACUUGAAGCUUUUGGGUAGUUGGUCCAGCCCUUUUGCUCUAAGGGUGCAGAUUGCCCAUGACCUGAAGGGUGUAGAUUAUGAGGUUAUUGAAGAGACCUUGAAUCCCAAAAGUGAACUUCUUCUUAAGUCCAAUCCUGUGCACAAGAAAAUCCCAGUUCUCCUUCAUGCAGAUAAACCCAUAUGUGAAUCUGCAAUCAUAGUUGAAUACAUCGAUGAAGUUUGGACCCAUGCUCCCUCCAUCCUUCCACAAAAUGCCUAUGAUCGAGGUCAUGCCAGAUUUUGGGUUGCUUACAUCGAUGACAAGUGGUUGAAGGCCUUAAGAAGUAUUCUAAUGGCUGAAGAGAAUGAUGAAGCAAAGGAGGCACAGUUUAAGGAAGCAGAAGAAGCGUUUGAGAGGAUGGAAGAAGUGAUGAACAAGGGCAGUGAAGGAAAGGCCUUUUUCGGAGGAGACACCAUUGGAUUCAUUGAUAUUGGUUUUGGAAGCUAUCUGAGUUGGAUCAGAGUGAUGGAGAAGAUGAAUGCAAGAAAAUUGAUUGAUGAAACCAAGCACCCUGGCUUGAUCCGAUGGACUGAAAAUUUUGCUGCUCAUCCUGCUGUCAAUGGCCUUAUACCAGACACUGACAAGCUUCUUGAAGUUGCCAAGGGUUAUAAGGAAUGGGCUCGUGCAGCUGCAAACUAAAUAAAUUUUUUGAAAUAUUUGUAGUGUUUUUAUGUUUCUAACUUUAUGUUGGCAUGAACUUUAGCUCAAAAUAAAACUCAAGAGAACAAAAGGUUUAAAAAUAAAUUGGUUCUGGGAAUUUGGGUGGCUUCUAUCAUAAAGUUCUAAUUAUUAGUAUAUUACACUGAAUUUGAUGGUAACAGUUACGUAUUUAUAU